CACCGGUCUGCCGUUUGGUAACAUUGCUAGUCAUGUUGUAUUUGUAUGAGUUUAUGAGUAUAAUAUAUAGUCUUGUGAAUCGUGAGAAGUGACUUUUGCUUUUUGUAGGAAUUUGAGUUAUAUAUAUCUAAAAAAUAAUGAGUUUCGAGUUACCAUCAGUUGUUCCAAAACCUACUGUUAAUGGUCACUUCAACAUUCAGAAUGGCAGUUACGGUAUUCCUAAUCCUAUGGUUUCAGGGUUAUCAGGAACUAGGCAAAGUAUAGGCUAUUCACAUCCUAUAGAAGCAUCUGAGAAAAAUUAUCAAAAAAAUCGUGAUCGUAUGAAUAUGACAUUACUCAGAAAUAUACAAGGAAUACAUGCUCCAAUGCGUAUAGCAAUGGAAUUAAAAGCCACUGAAAGUAUUGGUAGACUUCCAUUUUUACCAUCAUCAAACAUGAUGAGAGAUGUUCUACUUGGACGAGAUGAGGAAAUAGGGUUUGAAGAUAUACUUAAUACACCUGAAUUCAGAGAACAAAUGGGUCAACCUCAUGCUGUUAUGGAAAAAAGUCUUGGACUAUUAUAAAUGCUAAAAAUUUUAUUUAACAUUUGUAAUAAUGGUUCUGUAUUAUUGAAUACUGUAAAGUUGUAAUAAAUGUUUAAAUCUCA